AAGAGCGUGCAUAAAGCGAAUAAAGCACAUUUCAACGGCGCGAGCAGUGAAUUAACCCAUCAGUAGCUAGUGAAUUUUAAAUUUACAUUUUUACAUGACAGUGUGAGGGAGCGAGCUUGGUCCUUGGACCAGCUAAUGGUCAUUCACAAAAAAACGAGUGAUUUUGAAUAUUCAAUGUCUGUUAAUGAAAUGGCUCAACAAGGUGCAAUAUUACAAACUUAUAACCAGGAACUUGUGAAAUUUUCUCCAUUGUAGGCAUUGAAGAACUGAAAAGAAAAAGGCGAUCUCUGGAAGAAAUUAUAUCCACUCAGCAAGAAGAAAAAAUAGAAGCAGAAAAGGAGCUGGAAAGAUUAUCAGCCAAAUUAAAUUCAAUUGUUGAAUCGCUGAGCAAAAAUAUAGCUGUGAAACAAGACUAUGACCGUACAAUUGAGGAAGCCGAAGCUGCUUACACAAAAAUAUUAGAAAGCUCCCAAGUUCUUUUGACAAUGGUGAAACGUGAAUCAGCAUGCUUGGAGUCAACAACUGAAUGAUGCAAACUACAAAUGUCUUCUUGUUGUCGUGCCUUUAUAUUCUGUUGUUCAAAAUUUUCAGUUGCAAUGACUCCUAGUUUUAAGUACUGUAGUUUUAACUUCAAAUAUAUUUAUGCAUUUUUUAAUAUUGUUUUGCAUCAAAACCUGUCUCUACCCUGCCUGUCAAGAAAACAACAAAAUACACACCCACACAACCAAACCCUACAAUUGUAUGGCAAACAAGCUGAUAUUGAUAUUAUUAUGAGUUGAGAUAACUCAGAUGGAUGUCUUUCACUUCUCGACUCAAAGGGCUGCAGGUUCAAAUCCUGCCUCGGACAUGGAUGUUAGCUUCUGCUAGUAGUUAGCUGCCAUAUUCAGGAUAUUUCCUUACUAUAAUGUAUCAGUUAAAACAAUAACCUUUUCUUUCCAUCCCUCCCCUGCUCUGGUUAGAAGUAGGUGUCAUCAUGGUAGGAGUUGAUCCGCCAGCAGUCAGUGAGCAGAAGUGCUGUCAGUGGCUCUAUAAACCAUGAUAUGACUCCAUCCACCUAUCCUUCCCAAAUCUAAUCUAGUUCUGAGUGUUGCUAGUGUUUUGAGGCAGCUGUGUAUGCUACUAAGGAUCUCAGCAGCGCAAACGAGCGUGAGGCUAACACUGCACCAAUAUCGUGUUAGUAUGACAACAAAAUCCAUUAAAAAAUAGGACGUCAAUUAGAAUUAAAAAAUAUAAGAUAUAAUACAUUUACUGUUAAAAAGAAGUUUGAAAAAAUAAUUAUUUUACGCCUCUUUUCAUGACUGUUUUUAAUACUUGUCCCUUCCCCAAUAAAUUUUAUUGUGACAUCUCUCCAUCCACUUCCUGAGU